UCCCCGUGCGCAGCGCGCGUCCCUCGCCGGCCCGGGAUCCCCCGCGCACCCCGGAGACGGCGCGCGCCCAGAGCGCGGGAGCCCGGAGCGCUGGGUGCCUGGGACCCCGCGGAGCCGCUGGCCAGCCCGCGGGGCUCGGCCGGGAUGCAGACAGCGCUGUGAGCCCGGGCGCCAAGGCCAUGUCCGGCACCCGCUGCCGGACCCUGUACCCCUUCUCCGGGGAGCGGCACGGCCAGGGGCUGCGCUUCGCCGCUGGCGAGCUGAUCACGCUGCUGCAGGUCCCUGACGGCGGCUGGUGGGAAGGCGAGAAGGAGGACGGGCUCCGCGGCUGGUUCCCGGCGAGCUACGUGCAGUUGCUGGAGAAGCCUGGGAUGGUCCCUCCUCCGCCGGGAGAGGAAAGCCAGACGGUCGUCCUCCCACCUGGCUGGCAGAGCUACCUGUCUCCACAGGGACGCCGUUACUAUGUCAACACAGCCACCAACGAGACGACCUGGGAACGUCCCAGCAGUGUUCCUGGGAUUCCAGCCAGCCCUGGCCCGCACAGGAGCUCCCUGCCUCCAACAGUGAAUGGAUACCACGCAUCAGGGACCCCAGCGCACCCUCCCGAGACUGCCCACAUGAGUCUCCGAAAAUCCGCUGGUGAUUCCCAGAACCUGGGAUCCUCAUCGCCAAGCAAAAAGCAGAGCAAGGAAAACACCAUCACGAUAAACUGCGUAACCUUCCCUCACCCGGACACGAUGCCGGAGCAGCAACUGCUGAAGCCGACCGAGUGGAGCUACUGUGACUACUUCUGGGCUGAUAAGAAGGACCCCCAGGGCAACGGCACUGUGGCCGGGUUCGAGCUGCUGCUUCAGAAGCAACUAAAGGGCAAGCAGAUGCAGAAGGAGAUGUCCGAGUUCAUCCGGGAAAGGAUAAAGAUCGAAGAAGAGUAUGCGAAGAACCUUGCUAAGCUCUCCCAGAACUCCUUGGCUGCCCAGGAGGAAGGCUCCCUGGGCGAGGCGUGGGCUCAGGUGAAGAAGAGCCUGGCGGACGAGGCGGAAGUUCACCUCAAGUUCUCCGCCAAGCUCCACAGCGAGGUGGAGAAGCCAUUGAUGAAUUUCCGUGAGAACUUCAAGAAGGACAUGAAAAAGUGCGACCACCACAUCGCAGACCUCCGCAAGCAGCUCGCCAGCCGCUACGCCGCCGUGGAGAAGGCCCGGAAAGCUCUCACGGAGCGGCAGCGAGACCUGGAGAUGAAGACCCAGCAACUGGAGAUCAAGCUGAGCAACAAGACCGAGGAGGACAUCAAGAAGGCACGGAGGAAGUCCACCCAGGCUGGGGACGACCUCAUGCGCUGCGUGGAUCUCUACAACCAGGCUCAGUCCAAGUGGUUCGAGGAGAUGGUGACCACCACGCUGGAGCUGGAGCGGCUGGAGGUGGAGCGGGUGGAGAUGAUCCGGCAGCACCUGUGCCAGUACACGCAGCUGCGGCACGAGACGGACAUGUUCAACCAAAGCACAGUGGAGCCUGUGGAUCAGUUGCUUCGGAAAGUGGACCCGGCCAGGGACAGGGAGCUGUGGGUCAGAGAGCAUAAGACCGGCAACAUUCGCCCUGUGGACAUGGAGAUCUAGAAACAUCUGCAUGGGAGAGGGACUGGGGGUCCCACACAGGGGGAGGUGGUCAUCCCUCCCCCACCUCCCGGAAAGGAAGCUGUCCUCCCACCCACUCUCCCGGCCCACCGAGGCGCGGGGCAGGCUGGUCGUGACUGCAGGACAACCUGGACGGCCCAGCUGGGGGACUCCCCAACAUUCCCAAGCCAAGACGACGGACCCACAGCCCUGCCCUUGUCUCCAAGGCCAAAGCCCCCCAACACCCCUGCUGUGCUCGCCCCCUCUGAGGACAAACUGAGGCUGGAACUUGGCGGUCCCUGCUGACCUCUGGAAGGGUCACUCACACUUGCCAGUACCCCCCCACACCGGAAGCCCCAAGGCGCAUGCCCCAGCUGACCCUCUGGUCCUGGGGCUUGGAGGGUCAGGGGAGGGAAGUCUCCGUUUCCAAGUCAAGAUCAGCAUCAUGGUUAGAAGGGACCUUUGGGCCCACAGCUCACUCCCAGAAUCCUUUGCAGUUGGCCCUCUCUGUUGUUCCCGUUGCAUUCUGGGAGCCCAGGUCUGGCUUUUCCCAGCCCCUUUUCAUCCCCCAGGGUCUUUGGGAGGAAGGCCUGGCUCUCCAGACCCAGCCUGCCUAGGGAGAUGGGGAUGGAACUACCUCAUUCGGCAAAUCGGCUCCAAGGUGAAGGCACUGAGUUGGUUCCCAGCAGGUCAGGUGCCAUCUGGGAGGUCUCCUGUAGACCCCAAUCUACCCACCCCUCAGCCCCCGCCCCGACCCUGCUACACCUCCCAUCCCAGGCGAGGAACCCAGAGUUCCCAGCCAACAUGACCUCCCACGGCUGUGCCAGUGUCCAGACGAGAGCGAUGGAUGUGAACCAGCCAAGCACACAGGGCCUGCUGGGUCUGCCCGCCGUGGCCAGAGCUCUCCCAGGUCGCACACCACAGGCUGUUGAUGGGGCUGGGGCAGUCCAGUGUGGGAGCGCGGUGGGACACAGUUGUCAUCCCCAGAGGGUUCUGUCUGCUCGCGCAUGACAAGAUUGGGAGCUGCUGUCCAUGGCACGGCUCGCUGUCCCUGGUGGGCACUGGACAGGCCUCGCAGACCCCCUCACGGCCACAGGUGAGACAGCAGUAUCCCGCCACCUUUCCACUUCUUCUGCAGCUCCUCCUGCCCCUCCCAGAGCCCCAGGCCAAGCAUGGAGCUGGCGCCUCCUUCCCCCUCUCUGUCUUCUGGAAAAGCAAGCGCUGAGUGUGACUUGGGAAGCUGUGGAACCAGCACAUCCCUUUCUCUGCCGUGGCAAAGGUGUCCUCCCCGAGGUUAGCACAGAGGAGAGGCGGGACCUGGAGGAAAUCACACAGCUGGGAGCCCGCGCCCUGAGGCUCAUGCUGCUGUCCUAGUGUCCCUCUGAGGACUGUGGGAGGGCAGAGCCCACCGGUCCUUCCCUCACUCCGGCCCGUGACUUGCUCAUCUUUGAGUCUUUGGCCACCUCCUUCGCUGAAUCAGAAUCGCUCUCGCAUCCUCUGUGUUAGGAAGAUACCCCCCUACACUGACACAAACCGAACGGCCGUCUUCCCCUUUCUUCUGGAAACAUCCCAACCCCAAAGGGCCAGCGCCUCGAAGCAGAUGGGUCCACAGCGAGGUCUUGGGGCCUCGACACCAGCUAUCGAUGUUAGGAUGCUAUUUCCGGAUUCCUUUCUUCCGAACAGGUGCUAGCGGUGAGGUUUUUGCAGCCUAGUAAACUGACUUGUGGAUGAAUUUCAAACUCUCGAAGCCGGUGGCCUUGUUAUUAACACAGAUAUGUGGAGCGCGGUGGGGCUCACUGUCUCCUCUUGCCCCUCUGAGGAUUCUAGAAUCUUCUUUAGUCCCCUGGGAUGGGAUAUGUGCAUGCGAUUGCUCAUGUGGGCGUGCGUGCGCGCGCUCUCUCUCUAUAUAUAUAUAAUCUUGCUCUCACCUCUCGCAGGGCAGCCCAAGUUGGCCCAGUGGGCCCGGUCCAUUCCUUGAGGUCAUUCUUUCCGAAGCCUCAUCCCCUCUCCUCCUCUUGGCCUCAUCCCAGACUUCUUCUUCUCCCCCUUCCCUCUGUUAUUCUCCUAUCAGGCAUUUAAAGCAGAGGAGCACGCCAAGAUCUCAUCUGAGGACAGGAUGUGGCCGGGCCAUCAGGGAAGGUGGUGAGCUCUUGGGUAGACCUGUCUUUGCCACGGGGGCCAUGCGAGUUGCUAACCUUGGCCCAUUCACAGAGAACUCUGUGCAGGGUUUCGGCUGUCAGCGGUACUGUCUGUUCCGGGUGAUCUGCCUUCAGCUACCCACUCAUUCCUUCAUUCAACAGCUAUGUAGGGCAAGCCCAGCUCUGUGCUACAUCGUAGAUCUGUAGCUGUGUGCAAGACAGGCACCCUCCCCGACCCCUUCUCUUCUCCUGCGUGUGGACUGGGGCACCUGUAGACCUCUCUGGAGACUAAGAACAUAGCACGCUUCCCACAUUUGACCCCCUGGGAUUCUUUCAUGGUGAUACAGACGACCGCUGUGCCGCACUUGGCCGGUGGCAGCAACAGGACCUCUGGUGGUCACCAGCCCCCCACAGCCCACAUCCAACUCCAGUUUCAGAGGUUUCUUUGAUUGGUGUCAGGAACUCUGCUUGUUCUACCUGUCCCCACCUGGGAGACACUGAUGCACAGAAGUUGUGUCUGUGAAAACCAGAUUUAAAAAAGAAAAGAAACACUUGGGGUGGGUGCAUGGUGUUCCGAGCAAGUUCCUCUGACAGCCUCCAGGAAGAGCCACCUGCCACCUUGUUUUUUUGUUUCAAGGGCUUUCGAUCAGGACCACAGCGCACUGGCUGUUUGGGCCAAGUGGAUGGCCGCCCCUGAUGGGGUGACCUGGGCCUCCCUCCUACCUCCACUCAGCACAUACUUCCCGGCUGCUCGGGGCUGAUGAAUGGCCGGAGCAAACAGAAACCGUACAAAUUCAGGAGCCAGGGGUUUGUUUCUGUUCUGUGGGUAAAGGUCAACCGAUGAGUGGAUGGGUGCGUGAAAGUCGUGGCUGAGCCGGAGUCCCUUCAUAACGUCAAAGAUCUGGGCUCAUUUAGGUGGUUUUAGGUCCAGCUGUGAGGCGCUUAAACAGGGGCCUGAGGACCUGCUGGUUCCCAGGUAGGGAGAGAGCACACUUCACAAGCAUGAAGCGGGGUGCAGCCGAGCAGCGUGCACGCCUGUCUGGACACAGUCUCACUCAUCAUUCCGGGGUAAUUGUACUCAGUUCUGUGAACUUGGACAAGUCUCCCGGUCUUCACCAUCAUCACGCCCCCCAGCAACCCUGAUUGCUUUACUAGCCCUAGAGUGUUGCCUUUCCUAGAAUGUCCUGUAGGUGGCGUCACACAGAGGGAGCCUUCUGGUUCGCCCUGGAUGACGUGGCUGGCAGUAAUCCCUCCCUUUUCAUUGCCAUACAGCAUUCUUAUGUUGAAAAUCAAUCAUUUGUCCUGGAGGUUCCCGGCCCGGCGUCUUCACCCCACUGUUUCCUCUGAAUGCCAGCUCUGUCCACAAGUGGUUCUUGGGGCUCAUACCGGCCUUUCGGUUUCCACUUAAAUUUUUGACAGUGUAGACAACAGCCAGGGUUGGGGGGGAGGGUCUCAGGUGCCUCCAGCUGCUGCAGCCUAAGCCUUGCAUCUCAGCUAGAAGCUGCCUUCCCACCCGAGACCCCCCUUCUUCAACCCAGAUGGUUCUCAGGCGCUGGGGCCGGGGGUGGAAGCAGCAUGGAUGCAAAGGUGACCACUGGCCCUGGAGCUCCUUGUCCCCCCUUCUUGGAACUGCCAAGGGAGGGUGUGUGUUCCCGGUGGUCUCUCGGGCCGCCAGGUUUGUUUCCACUUCUGCAACCGCUGCACUUGGAAGUACCUAAUGUGGGUAGUGUGUGCACAGCUGGGCAUAUGGUGGCCAACGUCUUCGUGGGAGUUGCCCUGGAAUGUCCAAUCUCAAACACAGCUAAAAGUAAGAGUUUCCCCAAGCUGUUAAGAAUGAGGUAGUUCCUCCUGGGACCGCUCCCACCCCUCUCCCUCCCCUGCCCCUCCCCCCCCCCCCAAAAAAAAAAAAAAGCUGGGUCUCCACCAUGGAUCUUUGAUGGUGCAGAGUCUGGCCCCUGCCCAAACCCCACUGGGUGGUGGCCAAUGGAGGCAAAGAUGGGAGUGACCCAAUCAGGGCCAGGCCAAGCUGUGGGUGUGACCCCCCCCAAGGCAGCCAUUCCCCCAAGCUGCCUGGGUCAUUGCCUGCUCACUUGGAAGCAGGCCAAUCCUGGAAACCAACUGGGCAGCUCUCCCAGGGAACCAGGGACGUGCCUGGAUCCAGGGCCCUGAGGUGGGGAGCUGAGGGCCUACACCUCCAGGGCUUUCCCAGGGCCACCGUCCAUAGCUUUCCCCGGAGGGAGGGAGGGAACACAGCUCUAUCUCCCUGUGUGGACAUCAGGGUGGGGCUCCGGUUGCAGCCUUCCGGGAGUGUCUUGGGUGGGUGGGGGGGGCUGUGAUAACCUCUGGACUCUGGUGUUGGGGGCUGGGCACUGACCCUUUGUGUUUGGGACUGCGGUGGUGGGCUAUGGAGGCCAUGGGACCUCAGUGGGGAGGUUCUGGUGGGGACCAGCACAGGACCAGCCCUGCCUCGCGGCCUCAUCUGUCCCCUAAGCUGAAGCCAAGUAACAUCCCCUGUCUGUCAAGUACCCCUUCCAGUAUCUUGGGCCCCGUGGCUUCCAGACGGCCGUGUGGACCCAGGGACAAGGGUCCAAGGGCAGCAGCUCCCGCCUCGGCGACAGGAGCCCCACCUGUUCCCCUCCCCUAGGAAGCCGAUGACGACUACAACAACCGGAAGACCCCCCCCCCAACCAUGUCAGACAUGAGCACAUCAGCACACCCUGCAAUCGUGGGAUUUUCUAACAAAAUAAACCGGCUUGUUUGGUCUGUUUUCUGUAACUUUUGCUAAAUACUUUAUACAUUUCUAACGUUGAAAAGCCGUGUCUCCCCGCCAGCGUAGGAAUGUUGUUCGCUCCACCCUGUAGACCCAUCUACCUUCUGGCUGCCCAGGUCUGGACAUCAAAGCAACCUUCUAUAAUUUAUAAGUAACACUGUUGGAGCUCAGAUCCGGAAGGAGGCUGGGACCCGCCCCUCCCCACCCCCCAACAACAGCACUUGUGUGUGUUCUUGCUGAAGAAUUAAAUGUUUCAAAGAGUUUA